AUGCCGUUUCUCUGUUUGGUUCUGUUCGAUUUUGUUGUUAGGAAAAGCAACAACAUCUUAAAGGUAUCCUCUAUCUUAAAGAAUGGAGUAUCUUGGAGAGGUUUCAAGGUAUCAGCAAUAUUUGCUCUUGGAUUCUACACACAUGAUGCUUUAACCCCUAAUCGUAAAAGCUUAGUUAAAGAAGCCGAACAGGCGUUGGCCGAAACCAAGUCCUUGUUGGCCGAAGCCAAGUCCUUAAAAGAGACGACUAGAGCUAACCUGGCUCAGGUUGAAGCAAUGAAAAAGCUGUUGGACAAUCUAUUGCAGAAGUAUAUGGCUCGAUUGGCCGAGCUGGAAAUUGAAAAAGUCGAUGGACGAUAG